AUGGCUCUCGACAACUUCUUUCAAAACAAGAUUGAAGACGCCAAACUCGAGAUAGUCGCAGGACAAGCCGUACUACGGCGAUUAGAGGCACAACGAAAUGACUACAAUUCAAGAGUGAGGUUACUAAGAGAAGAGCUGGGACUGCUACAACAGCCAGGCUCGUAUGUUGGAGAGGUCGUUAAGGUGAUGGGCACGAAGAAAGUCCUGGUCAAAGUACAUCCAGAAGGCAAAUAUGUCGUCGAUGUUUCCGACAGUGUCGACAUCUCCAAACUUACCGUUGGUAAACGAGUUACCCUUCUCUCCGAUUCAUACAAACUCGAGAAACCCCUCCCUUCUUCCGUCGAUCCAUUAGUCUCCCUCAUGCUGGUCGAGAAAGUCCCAGAUAGCACAUACGACAUGAUUGGUGGUCUAUCUCAACAGAUCAAAGAGAUCAAAGAAGUCAUCGAGUUAGGCCUGAAGCACCCGGAACUCUUCGAAUCUCUCGGCAUUGCCCAGCCAAAGGGCGUGCUGCUUUACGGACCCCCGGGUACCGGAAAGACGCUGCUUGCAAGAGCUGUGGCGCACCAUACGGACUGCAAGUUCAUCCGUGUAUCGGGCUCAGAGCUAGUGCAAAAAUAUAUCGGUGAAGGAAGCCGCAUGGUGCGUGAAUUGUUCGUAAUGGCCAGAGAACACGCACCCAGUAUCAUUUUCAUGGACGAAAUCGACAGUAUCGGUUCCUCCCGCGUAGAGGGCAGCAGUGGUGGUGACAGCGAAGUGCAGCGUACCAUGCUCGAGCUUCUGAAUCAACUGGACGGCUUCGAGCCAACCAAAAACAUCAAGGUCAUUAUGGCAACGAAUCGUCUGGAUAUUCUGGAUCCGGCCCUAUUACGUCCAGGCCGGAUCGACAGAAAGAUUGAAUUCCCGCCACCAACCGUUGAAGCAAGAGCAGAUAUUCUACGGAUCCACUCACGCUCCAUGAACCUGACCAGGGGCAUCAACCUGACCAAGAUUGCGGAAAAGAUGAACGGAUGCAGUGGUGCUGAACUCAAGGGCGUGUGCACAGAGGCAGGGAUGUAUGCUUUGAGGGAGCGGAGAGUGCAUGUGACGCAAGAGGACUUCGACCUGGCGACGGCGAAGGUGCUGAACAAGCACGACGACAAGGAAGUCAGUCUUGGGAAGCUGUGGAAGUAG